AUGUCUCGGGUUGGGCUGUUGGCAGACUACCCAAAGCACGUAGAACAUGCCUUUCCACCACCUUCGAGCGUACCCGAUGCCUACAGCAACCUGAUGCACAAGUACCAUCGUUUCGAGAUCAGCGAGAUAACUCUUCUGGAGCGAUUGCGCGAUCUUCUCAGAGGUCAUCCAGAUCUGCUGACAAGCACGAAGUGUCUGCCUUCUGGCUGCAGCUACAAGUUCGAUAGCAACGGUAAGGCUGUCUGCAUGGUCAUCGAUGUCGGAUCUGGUUCAAAAAUUGUCUCCUUCAGCCACGUCACAGUCACCUCGCUCGCGAUUAACAAGCUUGCAAGAGAAAGUGAGGUGCUGGGGAGGACGGGAUUUCAGCCACAGUGGCUGCCUUUGACCACUGUGUCCUGA